AGUCCUUUAUUUUUUCUCCAUAGGGAUACCCUGAAACAUCAUGGCGCCGGUGCUGGCGGGACCAGGAACAUUUCCGGGACCAGUAAAUUCCACGUGGAUCUGGAACACGAAUUGGCCGACCUCCACGGCAAAGACUCCGCCUUACUCUUCUCCUCCUGCUUCGUGGCCAACGACUCCACGCUCUUCACUCUGGCUAAGAUGCUGCCGGGCUGUGAGAUCUACUCGGAUUCGGGGAACCACGCCUCCAUGAUCCAGGGGAUCCGGAACAGCCGAGUGCCAAAGUACGUGUUUCGGCACAACGACGCGACCCAUCUGCGGGAGCUGCUGAAGAACUCCGACCCGUCCACCCCCAAGAUCGUGGCCUUUGAGACAGUCCAUUCCAUGGAUGGUGCCGUGUGUCCCCUGGAGGAGAUGUGUGACGUGGCCCAUGAGUUCGGAGCCAUAACCUUUGUGGAUGAAGUCCAUGCUGUCGGGUUAUACGGGGCCCGGGGAGGAGGAAUAGGGGACCGCGAUGGAGUCAUGAAUAAGAUGGACAUAAUUUCCGGAACCCUCGGUAUUGAAAUGUUUUUGUUUCUUCUUCCGGCAGGAAAAGCGUUUGGCUGUGUGGGCGGGUACAUCGCCAGCACCAGCGCCCUGGUAGACACGGUCCGCUCCUACGCCGCCGGCUUCAUCUUCACCACGUCCCUCCCACCCAUGCUGCUGGCCGGAGCCAUGGCUUCUGUGAAGGUCCUGAAGAGCGAGGAGGGACAGGCGCUACGGCGCCAACAACACCAGCGCAACGUCAAACUCCUGCGACAAAUGCUGAUGGACGCCGGCCUGCCGGUGGUGCACUGCCCCAGUCACAUCAUCCCCAUCAGGGUAAGAAGAUGCCGCCAAGAACACGGAGAUCUGCGAUCGCUGAUGACCCACCACGACAUCUACGUACAAGCGAUCAACUACCCCACCGUCCCCCGCGGAGAGGAGCUGCUGAGAAUCGCUCCCACCCCCCACCAUACUCCGCAGAUGAUGAACUACUUCCUGGGUACGCCAGACCAGCUUCUGACGUUCUACAAUCUGAGGGCCCUCGAGGAGGACUAUGCCAUGCAGGCUGAUCAUUGGCUGGUGGGAGGGUGCUGUACGUAG